AUAUAAAUAUUUCCAUGACACUAGGUGAGUUGUCCAGGUUCGCGCAUUACUCUGAAGUAAAUAUCACAAACAGUAUUCAUAUAAAUAAUAAUUAAUAAUACUUAUAACGAUGAACAACAGAAAAGUAAUAAUUUUUGCUGGGCCAUACACAGAAGACAAAUACAACCAAUUUUUCAAUCCAAACGUUUGUCAUGUUUGCAAAAAUCCCAGCAGAUACUUGAUAACGUGUAAUCUCUGUAAUUUGAUAUCUUACUGUUCAGAGGAGCAUAAGGAGAUACACAGAAUCUUGCACUCGGAAUUCUGCAUAGCUGUGGCAAGGAUAAUAACAGAAAAAUCUUUCUCGGAUACGUAUCCUAGCUUGGAACAUUGGAUAGCAUCACGGGACGAUAUUUUACAACGAAUACAGCUUAGUUUGUCACGUUACGUAUACCAAUACGAAAAGGAGAUGAUAUUAUGUGCAAAGAUGUGUUAUGUAUGUUAUCGACAGAUAAACAUAAGUCCUUGCAACACUUGCUAUUCAGCCAAUUUUUGUAAUGAUCACCAAAUAGAAUGUAAUGUAUUGGAAGGACAUGGGAAGGAGUGCGGUGAGCUGUUGGUAUUACUGAACAUGAAUAUAGACAAUAUGACCAGCGACAUAAUAGAGAAUUGGAUUAUUCUACAUAGGAAAUUCUGCGAAUUUCCUCGUUAUAAAGAUUUUCAUGAUAAUGUUACAUUUAUUAAUAGCUAUGUACUCAGUAGAAAACCAUAUACUCUUCGUAAGAUGUUAGAUGAUCCUAAUUCAACUCUUGUCUGGACAUUCGAGCAAUAUGUAUAUUCUGAUGCUGUAUCCAAUCCGCUAACAUUAUUCUACGCGUUGGAAGAAUCAAAUAUAUUAUAUGAUACAAUGAUGACGAAUAAAUACAUUGUUCAUCUUAUAGACGAAAACAGAAUUGAUGUAAUGUCUUUGCAAAUUUGGCAUAUUUCCUUACAUUUCUCUAGAAGAAUAAAGGAAUUGCAUAUUGUACUUAUAAAAUCGCCAAUUUUCGAAUCGCGCGAUCUAGGAUCUGUUUGUGGAACGUGCCGUCAAUUUCAUCAGAAACUUUAUGUUAAAAAUGUAUCAGAAACGUACUACACGUAUGUACGCUCAGAGUCGUAUGAGCAACCAAAUGUGAUUAUACUUCAAACACGAAUUAGUUCCAUGGGAACAUGGCUUGGAUCUAUAACAGCAAUAAUAGCUCAAAAGUGCCCAUUACUUUUAACCGCUGACACGGAAAUGACAGUGAAAGGAAAUAUAAAUAAAAUAGAAGAGGUAACAGGUGAAACUAAAAAACGCUUGUACAGAAAAAAUAAAUUCCGCGGGUGUAGGCCAUAUAGAAACUAUGUAACUGGUGGAUGUUGUUACCGAAAUGCGUAUUUUAUUAUGUAUUUAUGAAUUUAAAUUACAUGACCGACCCAGUCAAAUGUUGAAGAACCAUGAGGAGAUAUAUGGGAGCUCACCCCUGGAAUUCUGCAGAGACCUAGCAAGUAUCACAUGUGACAAAUCGGAAUGGAACAUAUAUCGUAAUUGGGAAGAAUAGAGAGAAGCACGAAAGGAAAUUUUAAUAAGUAUAAAUCUGUCAGGCAUACAUCCGUACGUAAUAGAUGUGACAUUAUGCGCAAAAUCGUGUUAUAAGUGUCGCCGAUAGAUAAACAUGAAGCCCUGCGUCAUUUGCUAUUCAGCUAAUUUUUGUGAUGAACAUCAAAUGUUAUGUAAUCUAGGACAUAAUAAUCACUGCGAGAAGCUGUUACCAUUACUGAACAUUAGUAUCCCCUCUAUGAAUAGCAAUAUUUUACAAUUAUGUCUAAACAAACUCACGUUCAUCACAUUUUCUGAUGCUAGAACUUAUCAUAACAUAAUUACAUUUAUUAACAGACAUUUAGUAAUGGAAUAUCUAGAGAAUAAUAGAAAAACAACUUUACUUUCCUACUCAAACUUUCUGGUCAUUAGAACAUUACCUAUGUGAUCGUAAUACUUGACAUAAAUAUGUGCUUAAUAAGAUCAUGGUUCGAAACGGUAACAACAACACUAGUACACAAAUUCAUUGCCCAUUACUUUUAAUCUUUUAAUCUUUUAAUCUACAAUGGAUUGCAUUACACAAAAUAUACAAUAACAACUUGUACAACAAGAAAUCGAUUGUACAGAGAAAAUAAAUUCUGUUGUUGUAGGCUAUGUAGAAGACAUGUGACUAGUGGAUUUACCGAAAUGCGUAUUUAAUUUAUUAUUCAUGAAUUUACAUCGACCUAAUUAAAGACUGAAAGUCAUUAGUUGCUUGAUCAUUGCUUUAAUUUAGUAUAGUAUAUUGUAUAGUAUUUUUGUGUAGUAUAGUACAGUAUAGUAUUGUUCAUUUUAGUAUAGUAAUUUUGUGGACGCACCUGUCUAUUCUUAACGAUAUUCAGAUAAAUAAUACAUAUCUUCCUAAGCUAUAUAUUUAGUCGUAAAUUAAUAGUAUUUUUUCUUACAUUCCUGAAAUAUGUAAAACAUAUUUACGUGAGGUAAUAAAAUGAUUGCACAUCGUAUCUUAAAUUUUAUAUUUCGCAUAAUAUUCGCAUACUACUCACUAGUUAUAGAUAUAUUCCGCAAUUCUGUACCCAGCUAUAUGUGACUGUUUUGUAAGUCCCUUUUUAAUCGUCCGUGUUCUACAUGUGAUAAGUGAUAGAAAUAAUUGCGAUAUAUUUUAUGCUGAUUAUAUUCUUAUAUUCUUCAAAUUAUAGUUUGUAACUAAAAUCUGUAGCUCGUUACAUCGACUUUUACAAUUUGAAUUAUGGAAAUUUGUCGAAGCGCAUAGAAGUAUCUGAAACUAUUAGUGUCUUAAAGGUUAUCACCGAUUAUUGUAAAAUUAAUAAAAGUUUAAUCAUAAUCGCUAAUACAAUAUAGAUUUUUUGAUAGUAGACAUUCAUUAGUAAAUAUAUAUUAAGAUUCUUUCUCUUUUUUGUAAAUGUGUAGCAUAUGCACACUUUAUUUCAAAAAGUAUUGAGCACUUUUCCAAUGCAUUCCUGAAUAUAACUAAUUAUCUAAUAAAUGAUAGAACUUAACUUCAUGCAGUCACUUAAAAAUCAGUUCUUUCGUUGUGUUGGCUAUCGAGUAAAAUGUAUCGGAGAAAAAUUGUUCAUACUGUGUUGAAACGAAGUGUAUAUAUGAUUCGAUAGUAUUAUCUGUUUUAUAUCGCCUACUGUUGCAUUAGUUUACAGUCAGUAGCAGUAAAUAUAUGAUAAGCAGUUAGUUAGCAGUAAGUAUAUGAUAAGAUAAUUUUCUGGGCGCAUUAUAAAGUUUCAUUAUUAACAUAAUGCUACAACUAGUCACGCUGAGAGUAAUAUAUUUUAAUUCUUAUUUGUGGGACCCACAAUGUAUUGUGAA